GAAGUGGAAGCAGUCACCGCUGCAGGGGCCGCAGGAACGGUGUGUACACCGAUCGCUGUAACUCUCUUUUAUCAUCUCAGGUACCGGUAUGGCCAAUUAAUUGAAAUAAACAGCCACAGCCUCUUUUCUAAGUGGUUUUCAGAAAGCGGCAAGCUGGUGACAAAGAUGUUCCAGAAGAUUCAGGAUAUGAUUGAUGACAAAGAUGCGCUGGUGUUUGUGCUGAUUGAUGAGGUGGAGAGCCUCACGGCCUCCCGCAGUGCGUGCCGGGCAGGCACCGAGCCUUCCGACGCCAUCCGCGUGGUCAACGCCGUCUUGACCCAGAUCGACCAGAUUAAGAGGCACUGCAACGUGGUGAUCCUGACCACUUCCAACAUCACGGAGAGGAUCGACGUGGCCUUCGUGGACAGGGCUGACAUCAGGCAGUACGUCGGACCGCCCUCUGCGGCGGCCAUCUUCAAAAUCUACCUCUCCUGUUUGGAAGAACUGAUGAAGUGUCAGAUCAUAUACCCUCGCCAGCAGCUGCUGACCCUCCGGGAGCUGGAGAUGAUCGGCUUCAUUGAGAACAACGUGUCGAAGUUGAGCCUCCUUUUGAGCGAAAUUUCAAGGAAGAGCGAGGGUCUCAGUGGGCGCGUCCUGAGAAAACUGCCCUUUCUGGCUCAUGCGCUGUACGUCCAGGGCUUGCGGCCUGGCGCCUGGACGCGCAGGGCCUCAGCGGCGCCCCCCGGGGCUGGAGCGCAGUCGUGCAUUAAGCGCAUGCAGCGCUGCCCAGAACUGGGCCUGCCCCCAGAUGGUCGUGCUUUGUUUGCGCUGAUCUGA